AUGGACGCGAGGACCAAUGAGCUGGCGAUUGUCGCUAUUACUUUACUUGCUACUGUGGUGCUCCUCUACGCCAAAGGCACUCGGCGUGCCCCAUUACCGCCUGGACCUCGUGGUAUCCCAUUCUUCGGCAACAUGUUCCAAUUCAACGUGAUGCGCCCCAACCCCCAGUAUCUGAAGUGGGCGCAGAAAUAUGGUCCUGUGUUCUCUGUCAAACUGGGCGGCCAGCGCAUCGUCGUGCUGAACAGCUCCGAAGCGGCGGACGAGCUGUUUGUCACUCGCAGCAAGCUGUACUCCAGCCACGAGUCCCCGCAUGUUGGGUUCGACCUGGUGAGCGACCAGCAGCGAAUGGUGUUCAUGCCGUAUGGCAGAGAGUGGAAGAUUUCCAGGAAGAAUGUUCACGGCCUUCUCGGCCCCGGCCCGUCCAAGCAGAUGCGUAAGAUGCAAGAACUCGAGUCCCGCGUCAUGCUGCACGAUCUGCUCUGCCACGGUGAGACCAGCAUCACAGAGGACUUCGUCGAGGGACCGCACGGGAAGGUGCCGGAGAGGCAUUGGUUCUCUAUCAUUAGGCGAUAUACGACCAGCCUAAUGAUGACUCUCGUGUAUGGCCGUCGCAUCGAGCGCAUUGUGGACAAUCCGGAGCUGCAUAAAGUCUACGACGUCAUGGCCAAUAUCACACACGUGUGCCAGCCUGGGAGUUAUCUGGUGGAUGCACUCCCUUUCCUGCGUUGGCUACCCGACAUGCUGGCCCCAUGGAGAGCAGAGGGGAGGAAGAUGCAUGAAUGGGAGAUGGCAUUCUGGGGGAAGCUGUUCUCCGACAGCCGCACGGCCUUGCUCAACGGCGCCGGGUUCAACGGAUUUGUGCAGUCCUAUCUGCGUGCACGUGCCGAAGCGGGACUCGAAGACCUACCCGGUAAGGGUGCAACAGAGGACGCGGCAGGAUGGAUGCGCGACAAGCUCGUUACAUACACCGCCGUGUCCAUCAUCGAAGCGGGAUCUGAUACGACCUCGACCGCCGUCUUCUCGUUCGUGCUGCUCAUGCUUAGCAACCCAGACGCACUGCAGCGUGCUAAGGAAGAGAUGGACCUGGUGGUAGGCUCUAGCCGCAUGCCCGAAUGGGAGGACGAGGAUAGGUUGCCCUGGCUCACAGCCUGCAUCAAGGAGACGCUGCGACGCGCACCGCCGUUUCCCUUGGGUAUACCGCACAAGGCAGACGAGGACGACGUUUACAAUGGGUAUCUCAUCCCAAAAGGAUCUACAGUCGUUGGGAACAUAUGGGCUAUCCAUAUGGAUCCGGUUCGGUACCCUGACCCAAGCGCAUUCAAGCCGGAGCGAUUCUACAAUCCAGAUGGAAAGUUGAACUGGGCCAGUGGUCCAGACACCCACAAUCGCGACCACUACAUAUUCGGGUGGGGCAGGCGCUUCUGCUCUGGCAAAUACGUUGCAGAGGCGUCACUGUUUAUUGUUCUCUCGCGUCUCAUUUGGGGCUUCGAAUUGCACGCGGCGUCUGAUCCGCAGACUGGCAAAGCUAGACUGCCUGGUGUCAACGAAGAGGACACGUUCACGGACGGGCUCGUGAGUGCGCCCAAGAUCUACCCUGUUGGAUUCAAGCCACGGUCCGAGAAGCAUGCAGAGAUGAUCACGGCAUCGUAUAAAGAUGUCCAGAAUGACUGGCAGUCGAUGGGGCUGGCGGGAGAUGAGCGGUGA